UCAUAUUAAUCAUUUUACUGAUACACAUACACUGAAUCCACCUUCUUCGUUCCAGAAUCGGUUUUGGUUCUCAGAAUGGGGAUUGCGUGGUUAUGGAAUCUGCAAAACCUGUGGCCAUUCCGAGUGGACGAGCUGAGAGAAUCGAAGCAAUUGGUGAAGAAACUGAGCAUUCCCGAAGAGACGAAGCAAUUCGUAUAUGCGGUGCAUGAUUCGCAAAACCAAUCCGUUGUUUACAUUCUCUCUGCUUUGAAUUUGUCGGAGCGAUCAGUCUCCGAUGCCGAAUGCCUUAUCAGGGAGAUCAAACCCGACGCCGUUUUGGUGCAGGCUGGGGUUUCCCCUUUCUACCAGCUUCAGUCUGAAGAGUGCUCUGUUCCGUUACCGACUUCGUCUUUUGGGGUAAUCAAACGUUGUUUUCUUGAUAAAAUUGGUAGGGACAUGUAUGAGAAUGUUGCAGGUAACUUUGUGUUGAGGGAGAUUUUCGGGACCAGUUUUCAUGGCCCCUUGUUGGCUGCCAAGAGGGCUUCUGAGGAUGUUGGGUCGUCUUUUCUUGUUAUAGAGUCUCCUUCUUGUUGGGGUAAUAGUAAUUGUAGUGAUAGUGAUAGCAAUUCUGAGAGUGGAGUUGAUAGGGGGAGUAAUUUUCGAGGUCUUGUUAAUAGCCUGGUUCCUCAGAAGCAUGCUGCUUCUUGGGCUCCUUCGGCUUUGAAAAGGUUUUCUCUUGAUAAGGACCUUAGGAUGAUGCUGGCCAAGGCUUUGUCUGGCCAUUUGGAUCCUUUUUUGCUUAGUAGUGGUAAUGCUAGUUCUGUUUUGGAGGGGGGUGAUGAAGAAAUUCAGCCAUUAACUAGUUAUGAGACCCCGGGUUUUGCCAGGUCUAUUUAUCCUUUGCUCGAGGAUUUGUGUAGUAUAUUUCGUGAUCUUCCAUCGCUUGGGAAGGCCCUGGCUCAUGUGCAGAAGAUGUUGUUGGGUGUGAAUAGAGGAGAGGUGCUGGACGAGAAAACUGUUUCUGAAGUGUAUACUUUCCGAAUUGCUGUUGAAGGGCUAAGAAUUGCUCUAAAUAAUAAGGGGUUGAAAAGUGCCGCCAAGUCGGAUAAGAUUGUGUUCUCGGAGCUUCCGGUUGAUGACAAGUUGCAUGCACUCUUGGCACAGGCGAUUCGGAGCCAGAGUGAUAAGUUUAAGACCAUUGUGGCAGUGGUAGAUGCUAGUGCCUUGGCUGGACUUAGGAAACACUGGGAUACUCCUCUUCCUGUUGAAGUCAAAGAGCUGGUUGGGGAACUGAUAACAAAUUCUGAAGGUAAAGGGGUAAUGUUGAAUCACAGUGACAAGAAACGGUUGUUAACAGAUAAGCCUAUGGUGGCAGUAGGGGCUGGAGCGACAGCAGUUUUAGGAGCUUCAUCGCUGACCAAAGUAGUCCCAGCAUCAACGCUGGUGAAGGUAGUUACUUUCAAAAUUCCAACUUCACUUAAAAUCGGUCUCAGCCAGAUGCAGAAAGUCCUUGCUUUUGUUUUUGGCCAAUCAAAAGUUGUGGCUCCAGGUUUUGCAACUUCUGGAGCCAAAACGUCCGGUAUCAUGAAGACAGCAUUAUCUGCUGAAAAGAUUCGAGUUGUUACUCACAGUGUUAUAGCGUCUGCUGAAAAAACGAGUAUUUCAGUCAUGAGAACGGCUUUCUAUGAAAUAAUGAGGAAGCGAAAGGUGCGUCCUGUUGGGUUCUUACCUUGGGCUACAUUUGCAGGCAGUAUUGGAACUUGUACAGGCUUGCUUUUGUGCGGUGAUGGGAUUGAGUGUGCUGUUGAGUCUCUCCCUGCAGCGCCAUCAAUUGCUAGUUUGGGUCGUGGGAUUCAGCAUCUUCAGGAGGUGUCUCAAGCAGUGAUGCAAACAGAAGGAAGUAAAAUCCAAGCAUCCAUAGAAUCUCUAAUAAAAAGAAUAAAGAAGGCAAGGGAUUGAUAUAGAUAGAUAGAUAAUAAAAUCAUUUUUUCUCUGCAGUUGUGAUUUUCUUCAUAAAGUGAUGAAAAUCGGAAUGGUUAGAGUUCAGGAAAUUCUUCUGUAUAUAGUUUUUUAUCUUAUAGAAAUUAUAAUAUUUUAGGCUGCUUAAAA